AAUAAAACAUACUCUUUCUUUGUUUAGAAACUUGAACAACUGCAACUGCAGCUUCUUGUUCCUCUUAUCUUGUUCUAACACUUCUCCCAAAACCCACACUCAUGAUUCACAACACCCUUACACUCAUUCACAACACCAAUCACCAUUUCUUCAUCUCCGCGAAUGGGUACCCUUCCUUUUCUUCCUCUUUCCUACCAUUUUCAAUUCGAACCAAGCCCAGAAGAAAAUCAGCAUCACUGGUUGUGAGUGCCCACAAGAAAGACAACAAAGAAGACAGCCAUAGCUUUGUUUCCAACCCAAACGAGUCCACUGGCUUCUUCCCAGAAGCAGUACUCCUUAAAAAAAAAUCAAUCCAGGAAGAUGGCAAGGUUCUGCCGGAGUUCGAAGAUGCUGAAGAAAGACAACUUUUUGAAGCGCUUAUACUUGAGCUGGAUAGCGAUACGAGUGUUGAUCAAAUGCGCCAUUAUGAGAUUGUUUACUUGAUUCAUGAAAAGCACAAGGAACAAGUUGCAGCUGUCAACGAGAAAAUUCAAGACUUUUUGAGGGAAAAGAAAGGCACAGUGUGGAGAUUUAGUGAUUGGGGUAUGAGAAGGCUGGCUUACAAAAUAAAGAAAGCUAAAAAUGCACACUACAUUUUGAUGAACUUUGAGUUGGACGCGAAAUAUAUCAACGAGUUCAAGACAAUGUUGGACCAAGAUGAGAGAGUUAUUAGGCAUCUUGUGAUCAAGAGGGACGAGGCGAUCACCGAAGAUUGUCCUCCUCCUCCCGAGUUUCAUACUCUGCGCGCCGGUGCAGAUGAUGAUUAUGAUGAUGAAGGAUAUGAAACAGAAUAUGAUGAGGAUUUCGAUGAUGAUUGGGAUGGUGAAGAUGAUGAUGAUGGCGAAAUUAUCAUUGUGGAUGAUGAUGAUGAUUAUGAUGAUGAUGAUGGUAGAGAUCAUAGAAAUGAUACAUCAGCAAAUAUGAUACAGCCAGAUAGAAAAUUGAGGGCUGGGAACGUAGCUAGGUAGAUGUUAGUAUGUUACCUUUAUUUUAUUACAUAGAAAAAGAUGCAGAGCAAUUCUAUACUUUGUAGCUCUAAUUAAGCAUAUAUAGAUCCAAGUAACUAGGAGGUUUAUUUAAUUGUUUUAUAGGAUUGGAGUUACCCCUAUCAAUAGUUGUCUCAUUGCUUUAUAUUUAUCCA